GAAGCCUUGUACCAUGCAUUUCAGAUAUUGUAUUCCCAUGGUUCUUGGCCACCAAUCUACCCUUGAUACUGUGUAACAUGCGGGCUAGCCGGCUUCGAAUCCGAAUCCCGAAUGCGAUAGCAUCCGACUCUCUCCCGAAACGCGUGCUCUUAGUGAAACUUUCACGCUCUUUGGGGCUUCGAGAAGUGAAUGUAAGUUGAUUGUCGUAAGCCGGCUUUGACGUCGUUUUAAGACCGGAGAUCGGAGACCAGGGGCCCGAGAUUUGAGAUUUGAGACCCGGAGCCGCAUAGGAAAGGAAAACAAGUUUCUUCCGACGCUAUGGGCUGCGUCGACGUCAGCGUUGCGGCAACAUUUGUUAACCUGUUUUUUAUUAUAGAUUUUGUGUUGUUGCUGCGAGUAUUUGAUUUGGCCCGAAUGCACGAUGGUGUAGGUAUGGGGGGUCUUCCCCGCUCUGCAACCAGACCCGACUUUGGCUGCUGCCGCUUGACCAUAGAGAGUCGGGCCAUUCCAACCCAGGCGAGCCAAGCCGAGUCAUUUGAAGGCUGUUUGCCGGAGCUGGGAGCAAAGAGUUUUGCUCGGAGAUCUUUAAGAGCCAGAGCCUAUGGAUAUGGAUAUGUCUGUGUGGGGAUCUUUGGGGCCUGGCCUGGACUUAUGCUGCUGCUGCUGCUGCUGCUGCUGCUGCAAUGCUGCAAUGCUGCGACGACGGCGACGACGCAAAGUGAAUGUACUUUCAAACCAAAGAUCCGGUUUAAAGCUGCCCGGGCAACAGAUACAGCGCAGACAAACGACGAUGACAACGGCGAUGUUUUCACAAAAACGCUUGUGUAAUACAUAUGGAGAGGCAUAGGUAUAUGGGUAUAGCUCCGUGCUCCGUGCAUGUCAUGUAUACACCCGCUGAAAAUAUACACACAGCUAUCGGCCACUAA